AUGGCUCCUUUAUUGACUACUGGUUAUAUGUCUAGAGCUCAGGCUAUGGCGGAAGAAGUAGAUCUUGCAACGAAAUGGUGGAAUGACUAUCCUACUUCGAAAUAUAUCGAGAGGGCACGACCUACCUCAGCGUACACUUCUUACAUUUCAAGCGUUUGGGAUAAACCAAAAAGCUUAGCGAGAUCUGCUUCUUAUACUAAUUUAACAUAUGUCAAGGAAGCUGUACACGACUAUCCGAUUCGUAAAUCGCCAUCAGUUUCGUCGUUGGCUCCCUCUUUGGCUCUCCCACAGCAUUUCAGAGAAGCUGAAAGAUUUAUCACGACAGCGCCUUUAUAUAAACCGCAUAUUUAUGAUUGGUACAAUAACUCAUAUAGCCGUGCUAGAUGGCUUGAUACACACGCAGCCAUUUCAAAGCCACUGCGUCGUACUUUUGAGCCUUUGCAAUAUAGCAGCCAUGUACCAUAUUACACUUUUCAAACUAAGCGAAUAUUUUUUGACCAGGCUAAACAAAAAUUAUCUUCAUAUAUUGAAGGCUCAAGACGAUAUCUUGAUAAAUAUGUGUCAGCUCGAUUGAAAGCUGACGAUUUUGCGCAGCAAUACGCUUAUACGGCAUACGAAUGGCGAUAUCCACAGGAUCAUUCGUUUAAUCGGCAUUUCAUGUAUGGUGAACGUGUUACAAUUCCACAUGCACCUCGUAAUCCUCAUUCGUAUUACGAUUCGCAAGCACUUCGUAAAUUAUAUAUAACUACUGGCCGUUUUCGCUUCGCUUAA